GGAGGAGCGAGAGGUCACGGAACAGAUGCAUGCUGGGAACACACGUGUAGCAGAGACCAGAGAGGCACUACUGAGGUACAGGUGACACUUUGAGUUUGACAUCAUGUCGUCAAAAAAGAGCCAGGGCGCUGAUGAGCGUUUCCUCCGCGUGCAGAAGGAUCCCAGGUUUUGGGAAAUGCCAGAGAGAGAGCGCAAGAUCAAGAUCGACAAACGUUUCCAGUCCAUGUUUCACGACAAACGCUUCAAGGUGAAGUACACGGUGGACAAGAGAGGACGUCCCAUCAACCACACCUCCACGGAGGACCUGAAGCGCUUCUACAAAGUGUCCGACUCAGAGGAGGACGAGGAGGAUAUAAAGAGUAAGAAGGCAGCGGAGGGGAAGAAGAAGAAGAAAGUGAAGGAGAAGCUGGUGAAAGCUGACAGAGAGGUGAUGAAAAAAGAAGAGUAUACGGAGCGAGGAGUCCGAGUCGUUGAAGAGGAUGAUGAAGAUGAAGAGGAGAAAUCUGCAGAGAAGGAGGACGUCGACUUGGGAGACAGAGUCGCCGACAGCAGUGAGGAGGAGGAGGAUGAUGAUGAGGAUGUUGCAGAAGACGGGAGCGAUGAGGCGAGCGACUCAGACUCGGAGGCGGAGUCCGGGCUGGACUCGGAGGAGGACAGUGACAGCGGGCCGGAUUUGGCCAGAGGGAAGGGAAACGUCGAGACGAGCUCAGACGAGGACGAUGAAGACGAGGUGGAGGCCCUCCUGAAGAAGGAGGAAGAGGAGAUCGAACACAACUGGGGCGAGCUGUGUAAGGACGCUCCGCGGAGUGAUGAGGUUUCCGCCCGGCUGGCCGUCUGUAACAUGGACUGGGACCGGAUGAAAGCCAAAGACCUGCUCGCUCUGUUCAACUCCUUCCUCCCUAAAGGAGGAGCUGUGCUGUCGGUCAAGGUAUACCCGUCAGAGUUUGGAAAGGAGCGUGUGAAGUCAGAGGAGACCCAGGGACCGCUGGAGCUGAGAGCUCUGCCCGACGACUCGGACAACGACACCGAGGAGGAGAAGGUUUACAGGGAGAAGAUGCGGGAUUACCAGUUCAAGCGUCUGAAGUAUUACUACGCCGUGGUGGAGUGUGACUCUGUUGACACGGCGGCUAAGAUCUACGAAGAGUGUGACGGCUACGAGUACGAGAGCAGCUGCUCAGUCCUUGACCUGCGGUUUAUUCCUGAUGACGUCCAGUUCGACGAGGAGCCCAAAGACGUGGCGACGGACGUGAAUCUGUCGGCUUACACGCCAAAAGUGUUUACCUCAUCAGCCACCACGACGUCAAAGGUUCAGCUGACGUGGGAUGAGACGGACCACGAUCGAGUGACCGCCAUGAACAGAAAGUUCAACAAAGAGGAGCUGCUGGACAUGGAUUUCAACGCCUACCUGGCCUCCUCCAGCGACGAAGAAUCUGAAGAGGAGAGAGAGGAAGGAGGGUUUGUGUUUGGAGAGCAGGAGAACGAAGAAGACAACGAGGACGACAACGCGACAGACGCCAAACAGACUGAAGAGCCGGUCUUGAAGGUGGAGAAGAAAAAGAAGAAGAAGAAGAGCGGCGAGGAGCAGAUCUCUAAGUACCGAGAGCUGCUCAAAGGAAUCCAGGACAAAGAGAAGAAGCUGCAGGAGGACAAAGACAUGGAGAUGGAGAUCACCUGGGUGCCAGGUCUGAGGGAGACGACGGAGCAGCUGGUGAAGAAGAAGAUGGAGGGGAAGGACAACCUGACGCCGUGGGAGGAGUUUUUAGAGAAGAAGAAAGACAAGAAGAAGCAGAAGAAAAGUCAGAGGAAACAGGGAGAGAGUGACGAUGAGCUCAGUGAGGACGAGCUUCCUCCAGACGUCGAUCUCAGCGACCCCUUCUUCGCAGAGGAGCUCGCUGCUUCAGAAACAGAUACAAAAUUCAACGACCAAAUGGCUAACAGCUAG